UCCCUCUGCCUGGUGACCCGCAGUAACACAACUUGAAGGCGCAGGAGCACCGAAAACAUUCCAUUUCAGGCCCGUAAAGACGCCAUAAAGCGACGGGGGCGCUAAGGAGUUGGGAGAGGGGCGAUGGCCGCCAUGAUCUACGGGAAGAUCUUCGUGGGCAUCUACGUGGAGAUCAAGCGGAGUGACGGACGCAUCCAUCAGGCGAUGGUCACCUCGCUGCACGAAGACAACGACAGCGUGACGGUGGAGUGGAUCGAGAACGGCGACACCAAAGGGAAGGAAGUGGACUUGGAGAGCAUCUUCGGCCUGAACCCAGACCUAGCCCCCGAGGAGGAGGUGCCAGCCAGUCCAGAGGCUCCUCCUCCUCCUUCCAGUGGGGCCAAGACCAGCAAAGUCCCCAAAACCCGACGAGUCACGGCCAUUCCCAAACCUGACAACAGCCAGCGGGAGAACCGAGCCGCGGCGGUGGGAACCACUCGGGCCCGUCCGAGCCAGCACAGCCAGGCCGCCGAGCCCCCUCCCCCGUCCAUCGCCGCCCAGCCCGCCGCCACCCAAUCGCUGCUCCAGCUGCAGAACGCACGCAAGAAGUCCAACUGCGUGAAGGAAGUGGAGAAGCUGCAGGAGAAGCGAGAGAAGCGGCGACUUCAGCAGCAGGAACUGAGGGAGAAGAAAGCUCAGGAAGUGGACGUCAACUUGCCAAACUACGAGAUCAUGUGCAUGAUCCGAGACUUCCGGGCCAGUCUGGACUACCGACCUUUGACCUCCAAUGACCUGAUCGAGGAACAUCGGAUAUGCGUGUGCGUGCGCGCGCGGCCCCUCAACAAAAAAGAGUUGACCGUCAAGGACUUGGACGUGAUCACCAUUCCCAGCAAGGACGUGGUGAUGGUCCACGAGCCCAAGCAGAAGGUGGACCUGACCCGCUACCUGGAGAACCAGACGUUCCGCUUCGACUACGCCUUCGACGAGAACUCCACCAACGAAAUGGUCUACAGGUUCACUGCUCAGCCGCUGGUGGAGACCAUCUUCGAGCGGGGAAUGGCGACCUGCUUUGCGUACGGGCAAACAGGAAGUGGGAAAACACACACGAUGGGAGGGGACUUCUCCGGGAAGAACCAGGACUGCUCCAAAGGGAUCUACGCCUUGUCAGCCCGAGACGUCUUUGUCAUGCUUAAGAAACCGAUCUACAAGAAGCUGGACCUCCAGGUCUUUGCCACGUUUUUCGAGAUCUACAGCGGGAAGGUGUUCGACCUCCUGAACCGCAAAGCCAAGCUGCGGGUCCUGGAGGACGGCAAGCAGCAGGUGCAGGUGGUCGGCCUGCAGGAGCGGGACGUCAAAUGCACGGAGGACGUCCUCAAGCUCAUCGAAGUGGGGAACAGCUGCAGGACGUCCGGUCAGACCUCGGCCAACGCCCACUCGUCCCGCAGCCACGCCGUCUUCCAGAUCAUCCUGCGGCGCCGGGGCAAGAUGCACGGAAAGUUCUCGCUCAUCGACCUGGCGGGCAACGAGAGGGGCGCCGACACGUCCAGCGCCGACCGCCAGACCCGCCUGGAAGGGGCCGAGAUCAACAAGAGCCUGCUGGCCCUCAAGGAGUGCAUCCGAGCUCUGGGUCGGAACAAACCGCACACUCCCUUCCGAGCCAGCAAGCUGACCCAAGUGCUUCGGGACUCCUUCAUCGGGGAGAACUCUCGGACGUGCAUGAUAGCCACCAUCUCUCCCGGCAUGGCGUCCUGCGAAAACACCUUGAACACGCUCCGAUACGCCAACAGGGUGAAGGAGUUUGGGAUCAGUCCUUCAGACAUUCCCUUCUCGCACAGCGGUGGACGUGCGGAGCUCUCUCCGACUUACGACGUCAAGGAGCUGUCGGUGGAGCCGGCGGCCAUGGUGGACGUUCAUCUGGAAGGACACGCCAACCAGCUGGAGGUCCUGGAGGCCCAAUGGGGCGUAGGGAGUUCUCCGCAAAGAGACGACCUGAAGCUGCUCUGCGAGCAGAACGAAGAGGAGGUUUCCCCGCAGCUCUUCACCUUCCACGAGGCCGUCUCGCAGCUGGUGGAGAUGGAGGAGCAGGUUCUGGAGGACCACAGGGCCGUCUUCCAGGAGUCCAUUCGCUGCCUGGAGGACGAGAAGGUCCUGCUGGAAAUGACGGAGGAGGUGGACUACGACGUGGAGUCCUACGCCACGCAGCUGGAACAGAUUCUGGACCAGAAGAUCGACAUCCUGACCGAACUGAGAGACAAGGUCAAGUCCUUCCGCUGCACGCUGCAGGAGGAGGAGCAAGCUAGCAAACAAAUCACCCCCAAGAGGCCUCGUGCACUUUAGACACACCAAAGACCCAAAGGAAGGCCAGGACCUCGCCCAGAUUUAAGAGCUCCAGUCGUCUUCUGUGCGUGGUCUCGUCAACACCUCAUUGCUGGGCAUCAUCUUGCCCUGCUGUCCUCCGUGUUUGACUUAUUCUUUGUUUUUCCCCACUAACCGGAGAAAAAAAAAAAAGGUACUGGAUUUGUACGUUAAAACUGCGAGCGGCGUUGAACAUAUCGGUGGAAAACAUGACCUGCCAACGAGGAAAAGGGGGAAAGCAAAUACAGUGGCACCUCGAUUUACCAACUUGAUUGGUUCUGGAACAGGGUUUGUAAAAGGAAAAGUUUGUAUAGUGAAACAGAGUUCUCCGUAAGAAACGAUGUAAAUAUGAUUAAUGGGUUCCAAAAGUCCAUAUUUUAGUGACCGUUUGUACACUUUGAACUAGGGUUGUACGGUAUACCGGUACUAGUAUAGUACCGUGAUACUAAUUAAUCAUAUUCGGUACUAUACCGCCUCUAAAAAGUACCGGUACACCCCUCCCCCCAUCCUUUUUUUAACGGGCAUGACAGCGCGUCGUCGUCACGUGGUGACAUUGCUGGUUUUUACGAGCAGAGGAGCAUGUUGGGCAGCGCGCACACACAGAGUACUUACAAGCAGACACAGUGUGUAGACAGAAAAGGGAGAACGGACGCAUUUUGGCGUAAAAAGUAAAGAUAAAGGUGAAGUUAUAACACUGACACACCCUCAGGGAGAGCUAGCUAGCGGCUAACAUCCAUCCUCAGUGUUUUAGCUACUUUUAAAUCACUAAUCCUGACCUCCAUGGUGACAAAGAACGUUUCUUACAAGUACCAUUAUCACUGGAGGACGAGGAAUAGCUCUAAACAUGCUUCACUACACAAUGUAGGAGAAUACAAUAGCUCACCCAUGUAAACAAAUGCCAUGGGUGGAUCUACACCUGACAUCCACUGUAAUGAUAUCAAGUAUCUAGUCGAUACUACUAUGAUUACAUCGAUAUUUUUUAUCGUCACAAAAUAUUUUUUUCCUUUAUUUAAAGUGUAUUUUAUUUUUAUAAAGUCAGUAAAUACGUCCCUGCACACAUGAGGACUUUGAAUAUGACCAAUGUAUGAUCCUGUAACUACUUGGUAUCGGAUCCAUACCUAAAUGUGUGGUAUCAUCCAAAACUAAUGUAAAGUAUCAAAGAAGAGAAGAACAAGUGAUUAUUACAUUUUAACAGAAGUGUAGAUAGAACAUGUUGAAACAGAAAAUAAGCAGAUAUUAACAGUAAACGAACAAGUGGAUUAAUAAUCCAUUAUUACAGUUUGUCCCUCAUAAUGUGUACAAAAUAAUAGGUGUAUAAAUGACACAAUAUGUUACUGCAUACGUCAGCAGACUAAUUAGGAGUCUUUGUUGGUUUACUUACUACUAAAAGACAAGUUGUGUAGUAUGUUCACUAUUUUAUUUAAGCACUAAAUUACAAUAAUAUGGUUCCCUAUAUUUAGAAAAGUAUCAAAAUAUAUUUUGGUACCGGUAUCAAAAUAUUAGGAUCGGGACAACCCUACUUUGAACUUGAUUGAUUGAUUGAUUGAGACUUUUAUCAGUAGGUUGCACAGUGAAGUACAUCUUCCGUACAAUUGACCACUAAAUGGUAACACCCGAAUAAGUUUUUCAACUUGUUUGAGUCGGGGUCCACUUAAAUUGAUUCAUGAUACAGAUAUAUACUAUCAGAUAUAUGCUAUCAUCAUAAUACAGUUAUCACACAAGAUAAUCACAUUGAAUUAUUUACAUUAUUUACAAACAUGAAGUGCUUUACACGACUGCAUAACAAACUAACAUAACAAAGGAGUAAUGAAUCCACUUUCUAUUUAUUAACAAACCUAAACAACAACAACAACAAGCUAAACUGGGCCGUAUGCGCUGCUUCGCCAACACGUGCACACACACACAAGUCCCUUUGGUGCCUUCACAGACAAUCAGAAAUCACAAAAAUCCUUCAAUUUAACAAGAAUAUUGCUACAAUAAUAAACAUUUAUAAACAUCGGCAAAGGAGGAGCGGACAUGAAAGGAGCAGGCCAAGGCGGAGAACAGGGGGCGGGGCCUUAAAAAGGUGCUGCUGAACAGCUCUUCUCGCCGCUGUGAAAUAAGUCUGCUUUGGCAUUUUUUUCCAGAAAAGUUCGGUCUCAUCACAAUUACCGUAUUUUUCAAAUUAUAGAGCGCACCAGCAUAUCAUUUUAGAAUAAAAAAAUAUGUUUACAUUUAUCAGCCGCAGAUAUAUACGUUGUGAAAUGAGUUAUUUACGCAGAAGCAUUUUGUAAACGUUUAUUCACACACCGUAAUUGUUCCCAAACGAUGUCUGUAACACGGCAGUAAAACGGCUGAUCAAACAAAACAGAGGUCAUCGUCAUUAACCUGCUCUCCAAUCAGCUAAACAGACUCAAUAACUCUACGGUGACGUUAUGAAACUGAAACAUUACAAAAAGUUGUAAGUUAAUAAUACUAACACAGACACUCGUUGACGUGUUAGCAUAUUAGCUAAUGCUAACAUUACCAUAGCGCGUACAAAUAUGCAUGAAAACACUCCUACAGACAUCACACAUGGGACGCUUUAGUAAGUAAGAAUUGUUUUAGUUAUAUUGUAAAACUUACAAACGUUGCUUGGAGUGAUAAGUCAAGAAUCCACACAAGUAGCAACGCUAUGGACGGCUACAAUUGUACUUCCGGUAGGUUUAAAAAAAAAAUAAAAGUCUGCACAGCUAACUCGUCCAAAAGAUGGCGCCAUAGCACAAACAAUAACACACCUUUUUAGUGUAUUUGCUUGUUUUUUUUCCCAACUAUUUACAUUAGGAAGAAAAAUCCAUAAAUUAGCUGCACCGUUUUAAGAGGCCGCAGGGUUCAAAGCAUAGGAAAAAAGUAGCGGCUUACAGUCCGGAAUUUACGGUAGAACGCCAAUUCUUCCAUACUUGCGAGCACCAUUAUUGUACUCUUUGCUAAUAGUAUUUAUUUAUUUAUUUAUUUUAACUCCACAACGAUUUCCUCUUUCUUUCCACGCUGGUCUGUUGUCUUUUUGGGACUCAUAUUGAGUUAGCAAAAUGGACAAAACUUGUCAAAAUGUGAAAAAAAAACACAGCGACGUGGAGGGCUCCGCCUCCCCAAAGCUGCUGCGCCCUGCUUUUUGCCUGCAGGCGCAUGUCAAAAGGAAAGGACGGAGCGUCGGUACAGAGAGACACGGUUCGCACACACGGAGCUCGCAAGGUUCGUAAAUCGAGGUUUUACUGUAUUUCAACGUUAGCAUGUUUUUCUGUUCUUUUUUAAAUGUCAUUCUUAGCCGUGUAUCCUAACAAUGUCUUGGACCAGCAGUCGUUUACACCCCCCUCCCCUCCUGUAUUGUAUCGGCUCGGCUCACUGGGAAGACUAGAAACAGCACCCGGUCAAUAGUGAGUAGAGUCGUGACUACUCGGUACCAGGCAGUAAAAAAAAAAAAGGGUGUAUUUAUGUAUGCAACGUGAAGUUUUUUUAGUCACUUUUAUAACGACGCGUGCAGGGGAGGGACAUUAGGUUUAAGUGAUUUACAAAAACAACAAGGUAAGAGCCAGAAAAGAGCCACUGUGUUUAAUUUAUAUUGUCCGUCAUUGGUGAGCUUCGAACUCGCACUGCAUCUAUUGGCCACUGGGGGUCGCUGUAAUCAAACAUUUUCACACAGUCCAAUAAAAUGUCAUUUGCUAUAAUAAAAAAAGAAACUUGGCUUAAAUGUUAAUGACUUACUGCACAUUUCAUUUC